AUGAAUAAUCCAACACAUCCUUCUUUAGAUUUAAAUGAAGAUAAACGACCUUUCAAGAAGCCUGUUUCUAAUCCUUGUUAUAAAUAUACAUUAACAUUGAUAAAAGAUAUAGAAAUAUUUGUUGAUAUGUAUAAACAAUAUGAAGUUCAAAAAUUUCCGCGUAUGUCACAUGUCACACCAUUUAGACAAGUUCCAGACUAUGAAUUACCAGUAGAAAAACGAAAGAAAUAUUAUAUUCUCAAGAAUGAUCCUAAUAACUCUGGUGCCCAGUUCGGAGAGGAAGAUGUUGUUAAAACUCUCCGAUACGGAAAAAGUCUUCUUAGACCAGCUGACCUUUCUUCUGCAUCAAAAACUGAUGGGGUUGAAACAAUGCUAGGACAAGACAAGGUUUUACAAAAAAGAGAACGAGAAUUCCUUCUUCACUCUUUUGUAUCAAAAGACUCUGUUCCAAUCAUUUAUUUUCAAGAGAAUUCAUGGAUCAUUAGGCCAUGUCAUGGAUUUGAAGAGAUAUACACUUGUCUAAAUAAUAUGAUGUUAGAACAAAAAGUUAUUGGUAUAGCAAGGCUUGUAUUAGUUAAAGGUUAUUGUGCCAGAAAUUUACUCGUUAUUCCAACGGUUGAUGGAUUAAUUGCAAGAGAAAUCCCUUGGGGAAGUACUUUUGUUGCUGAUGGGUUAUCUGUAGAAUCUCAAAGCUCAACAGAUCAACAAGAGUGGAUGAGUCGUUGGUUGAAUGAAUUACCUAGAAGAGAAGAUGGAUUUAAAAAUAAUCCUUUAUUAGAUCGACUAUGGAACAAUGUAUUUUCCAGACAGAAUAAUGGAGAAUGGAAAGGGUUAUUACCAAUAGAAGAACAACCAACACUCAGUGAUGAAUUAAAAAAAUCUGCACAGGAGUUAUUUAACUGGAAUAUAGGUCUUUGGUAUGAUGAUUGA